ACGGGUAUGCUAUCAGCCAGUAGAUGUUGUGUAUUGACAUUGCACAGAGUAUGACUCGACAGUUGUGGUUUUUAUUUCAUACAUUUAACUAAAAAAAAUAAAAUGAUUCAAUAAACACGAAAUAUCAAAACAAGCUAAAUAACCAAAUAAUACUACUCGAUUUUUAAAAUUAAACUUUUCAUGUCAUACAUUUAUAGUCAGUGUAUUCACCAAUCUAACCUUAUAUUUCUGUUAUAUCGCAAUAUCAAUCUAUUUCUAUCUGUAUAUUUGAAAUUUACACAGGCAAGAUAGUUAUAAAAAAAAUGUCUAUUAACACUUCUUCAAUAGAAAUUGAUUUCUGUAAUAGAAAAAUAUCAUCUACAUUCAGUGACAAUUAUUUAUUAGAUUAUCAUGACAAUUGGAUUGUGAAAUACAAAAUAGCUAGAUAGUAAUUUAUUAGUUGGUGCAAAUUCACUCAUGUUUACUAUUUACAAGAAAAAUGUUUUUAAACAAGAAAUAAAAUUUUAUGAUUUGUAGAAAAUUGUAGAAUAUUCAACUUCAACAACAGGUCUUUCCAUGUUGUUUGAUUUAAAUUGUCUAUAGAUUUUAAUGGCAGAUGUGUAAAGGUAUACUAUAUUAAUAUGGAAAAUAGUCGUCAUCAAGUUCAAAGUCAUCAUUCAUUUUGGAAGAAAAAUUCUAGAGCAGUCCCUGGCAGACCAAGUUUAAAACAAGAAUCGAAACAAGAAAAAAGUAAUACUUUUACGAAUUCAGUUGGAGGAUCAGGAAGUAUUGGUGGUCCUACAUCUUUUCAAGAUUUUCAAGAAAGUGUUGAUGAUGCUUGGGACUCAGGGGAUGAUGAGUUUUGUGUAGUUUCUGAUGUAAAAAUAUCUAAAAAAGUUAGCCAAUCAGCCGCUCUAAGUGUUAUUAAUUACCACAGAUCAUCGACUACGGGUAUGUUACCACCACCACUCAGCAAGAAAGCUAAUCAACAGGAAGUUAUUUCUGAAGAAAAGAAAACUGUAGCUUUACAAAAAUUAGUUGUACAUCCUCAUUAUUCACAAAAUGCCAAUUUCAUUGUCAGUGCCUCUAAAACUGAUACUCAUGGAGAAGCCAAGUUUAGUGUCAACCAUGAACGUCAUACUCAAUUUCCUGGCAGGCCUCAACCUAUGCGGCAAACUAAUUCCAGUUCUAAAUUCUUUGUACCUUCUAGAGAGCAAGAUGGAGAAAGUAAGGUUGAUAAAUUCCAACUGCUUCUUGAAUCUUCACUGCUAAAUUUAGACGAGUUAAGGCAGCUGUCGUGGUCAGGUAUUCCAGCAAAAUUAAGAUCAGUUACCUGGAGAUUGUUAUCAGAAUACCUUCCAGCUAACUUGGAACGAAGGCAACAAGUUUUAGAGAGAAAACGUCUGGAUUAUUGGAAUUUAGUAAAGCAGUAUUAUGAUACUGAAAGAGAUGAAGGGUUUCAAGAUACAUAUCGACAAAUUCAUAUAGACAUUCCUAGAAUGUCACCAUUGAUAUCGCUUUUUCAACAAACUACUGUUCAGAUAAUUUUUGAAAGAAUAUUGUAUAUUUGGGCUAUUAGGCAUCCAGCUUCUGGAUACGUUCAGGGAAUGAAUGAUCUAGUAACACCAUUUUUUUUGGUGUUUCUUCAAGAGGCAUUACCAAUUUCCGCUUGGCAAGACAUUGAGAAUUAUGACGUAUCGUCAUUACCGAAAGAUCGACGUGAUAUCAUUGAAGCAGAUAGUUUCUGGUGUUUGUCCAAGUUUCUUGAUGGAAUCCAAGACAAUUAUAUUUUUGCUCAAUUAGGAAUUCAGCACAAAGUUAAUCAAUUGAAAGAAUUAAUACAGAGAAUCGAUGUGCCUUUGCAUCAACAUUUAUACCAACAUGGAAUAGAUUAUCUUCAGUUUUCAUUUAGAUGGAUGAAUAAUUUAUUAACAAGAGAAUUGCCAUUACAUUGUACAAUUCGCCUUUGGGAUACAUAUUUAGCAGAGUCUGACAGUUUUGCAUCAUUUCAACUAUAUGUUUGUGCAGCUUUCCUUUUGCGCUGGAGAAGACAUCUACUCCUUCAACCAGAUUUUCAAGGACUGAUGUUAAUGCUUCAAAAUCUGCCAACUCAAAACUGGUCAGACUCUGAGAUCAACGUUCUUGUAGCCGAAGCUUAUAAACUGAAGUUUACGUUUGCUGAUGCACCGAAUCAUUUGCAGGCUUACGAUUCUAGGUGACCUUAUUCUUUCGCCAAAUAAAAUUUUUGGUCAAUUUAUUAUGAAAGCUGCCAAAUCGAUUUCUCCACAUCUCAUUGGUCUUCAAUUGGAUUAACCAGAUUAAACAUUUCAAUUGAUUAAUUUAGUUUAUUAUAGUAGAAAUUAUCAAUAAUUAUGUUUUUAGUAUUUAUCGACGUUAAGUUUUCUGAUUAAAAUUUUUUAAUCUAAUAUAUGCAAUACACGUAUUGAACGUUAUCAUUUCUAUAAUAAUAAUGAACCUUAUUACAUAUAAUAAGCGAGGGAAUCGUUUAAAUAAGUUCAGUGCUAAAGUCUAAAUAUUUAUAUCUAGAAAGUAAAGAUAAAAAUAAAUAAAUAAAUUU